CACUCGCACCCUGGCCUUGGCUGUGGUGACCCCUUGGUUGCAGACAGAUGGGUGCAUGACUCCCUUCUGGGUGCCAUCUCCGUCUUGCCCUCACCCACCUGUCUUGUGCUCCUUGCAGGUGUUGAGGCUCCGGGUCAGGGGGGCCGGGCUCCCCUAGCCAUCCACCAUGGUGGUGGCACACCCCACUGCCACUGCUACCACCACACCCACCACCACAGUCACGGCCACCGUCGUGAUGACCACAGCCACCAUGGACCUGCGGGACUGGCUGUUUCUCUGCUAUGGGCUCAUUGCCUUCCUGACAGAGGUCAUUGAUAGCACCACCUGCCCCUCGGUGUGCCGCUGUGACAACGGCUUCAUCUACUGCAAUGACCGGGGUCUUACCUCCAUCCCCUCGGACAUCCCUGAUGACGCCACCACCCUCUACCUUCAGAACAACCAGAUCAACAACGCUGGCAUCCCCCAGGACCUCAAGACCAAGGUCAAUGUGCAGGUCAUCUACCUGUACGAGAAUGACCUGGACGAGUUCCCUGUUAACCUGCCCCGUUCCCUGCGGGAGCUACACUUGCAAGACAACAAUGUACGCACCAUUGCCAGGGACUCGCUGGCCCGCAUCCCGCUGCUGGAGAAGCUACACCUGGACGACAACUCGGUGUCCACCGUGAGCAUCGAGGAGGACGCCUUUGCUGACAGCAAGCAACUCAAGCUGCUCUUCCUGAGUCGGAACCACCUGAGCAGCAUCCCGUCGGGGCUGCCCCACACACUGGAGGAGUUGCGGCUGGAUGACAACCGCAUCUCCACCAUCCCGCUGCACGCCUUCAAGGGCCUCAACAGCCUGCGGCGCCUGGUACUGGAUGGCAACCUGCUGGCCAACCAGCGCAUCGCUGAUGACACCUUCAGCCGCCUGCAGAACCUCACAGAGCUCUCGCUGGUGCGCAACUCACUGGCUGCCCCGCCCCUCAAUCUGCCCAGUGCCCACCUGCAAAAGCUCUACCUGCAGGACAAUGCUAUCAGUCAUGUCCCCUACAACACGCUGGCCAAGAUGCGUGAGCUGGAGCGGUUGGAUCUGUCCAACAACAACCUCACCACGCUGCCCCGUGGCCUGUUCGAUGAUCUGGGGAACCUGGCACAGCUGCUGCUCAGAAACAACCCCUGGUUCUGUGGCUGCAACCUCAUGUGGCUGCGGGACUGGGUGAAGGCACGGGCAGCUGUGGUCAAUGUGCGGGGCCUCAUGUGCCAGGGCCCCGAGAAGGUCCGGGGCAUGGCUAUCAAAGACAUCACCAGCGAGAUGGAUGAGUGCUUUGAAACAGGGUCACAGGGAGGUAUUGCCAACUCAGCAGCCGCCAAGACCACCGCCAGCAACCACGCUUCUGCUACCACACCCCAGGGCUCACUGUUCACCCUCAAGGCCAAGAGGCCAGGGCUGCGCCUCCCCGACUCUAACAUCGACUACCCCAUGGCCACGGGUGAUGGUGCCAAGACCCUGGUCAUCCAGGUGAAGCCUCUGACAGCAGACUCCAUCCGCAUCACAUGGAAGGCCAUGCUCCCUGCCUCCUCCUUCCGACUCAGUUGGCUGCGCCUGGGACACAGCCCGGCUGUGGGCUCCAUCACAGAGACCUUGGUGCAGGGAGACAAGACGGAAUACUUGCUGACGGCCCUGGAGCCCAAGUCCACCUACAUCAUCUGCAUGGUCACCAUGGAGACCGGCAACACCUAUGUGGCUGACGAAACACCUGUGUGCGCCAAGGCAGAGACAGCUGACAGCUACGGGCCCACCACCACGCUCAACCAGGAGCAGAAUGCCAGCCCCAUGGCGGGCCUGCCCCUGGCUGGCAUCAUCGGUGGUGCUGUGGCUCUUGUCUUCCUCUUCCUGGUCCUAGGGGCCACCUGCUGGUACGUGCACCGGGCUGGCGAGCUGCUGACCCGGGAGAGGGCCUACAACAGGGGCAGUAGGAAAAAGGAUGACUAUAUGGAGUCAGGGACCAAGAAGGAUAACUCCAUCCUAGAAAUCCGAGGCCCUGGGUUACAGAUGCUGCCCAUCAACCCAUACCGGGCCAAAGAAGAGUAUGUGGUACACACCAUCUUCCCCUCCAACGGUGACAGCCUCUGCAAGGGCACACACACCAUCGGCUACGGCACCACGCGGGGCUACCGGGGCGGUGGCAUCCCCGACAUAGACUACUCCUACACAUGAUACCAGCUGCCAGCCCCAGCCCCAGCUGGCCAUCCUGGUGUGGCCACUCGGCUUUGCCCAGCCCGUUGCAACCCGAGACAGCAAGGAAGAGAAAUUCCACGAGGACUUCGCCAGUGGAAAGCAAAAUUUGGGGAGGGCUGACAAUUUUGUAGAACGCAACGGUGG